AUGUUAGUGCACUCGGAGUGGCCACAGAGCGCGAAACUUAAUCGAGAAUAUUCAAAUAGGCAGCCAUGCUAUUACGCGGAUCACUUGUCCGUCGCCCAGGAGAUCCGAGGCAAUCAUACGGUGAGGAUUAAGAACGAGUCGCGCGGUUUCCAUCUUAACAAUCUUUCGUAUGCUGGACCGAUCGUCAUGGGUGUUGGAGGUAACAAAAGUGUGACUGAAGAAUCUUUUGAUAACUACAUUCACGAAGGCGUGAAAGGUAUUAUCGCGCUUCUGAAGGAGAUUACAAAAACCAAAGAGACACCUGUCGAGCCAAUUUUACCCCCACCACAAUCGCUACUGCUCCAAUUCUCCGCGCGGUCAAUUUUUACACUGACCGAUGUAAUCGACGAACAGCUCACUACGAACUACUGGCUCUCUGUGCCUGCCUACGAGCCCACCACCGAAGUCGACAAUGUAACGUGCGAUCUGGGUGAGGUUUGUCGUCAACACUUACCGGCGGAUAUCAACAUAAUUAGGGAAGUCGAGAAGGUGUGUCGAAUUUACUCGUCGAACAAUAACGAACAGGACGACGCAAAAACAAAAGGAGCCGAAGAGCAAAAGGAGAAGAACAAGAAAAGUUUCGUCGUGCCGAUUGCGCGCCGAGGUUUCCCAUACCGACAAGUACAGGUACGAGCGGAUCUGUUUAGAUCGAGACCGCCGAACACCUCGCGUCCCCCCUCGCUACACGUGGACGAUUUCGUUGCGCUGGAAACGUGCGGCGCCCAACCGACCGGUCCCACCGGCUAUAACAAGAUCAGUAGGGAGCUCUUGGCGACGUCGAGAGUGACUCGAGGGACUCGCGGCAGAUCGUUUGUCAAUGCCGAACGCUCGUUGCAGCAACGCCAAAUGUCCUGGUGGAGCGCCGGAUUAAAUCGGCGGCCAUAUUAAUUGUAUAUUUGCCAAAGGCCGUACUUUUAUUUAUAGAGAUUCAACUAAAAUAAACUUUCAUUGUUGUAUGCGUAUGAUUUCCAAACGUAUGUAGACGAUUUGUCACAGAACUUUGUAUAUAUAUUGCAAAAAAUUAAAUAAACAUUUAAACCUUU